AUGGAACCCAGUACUUCGCCCAGUGUCAGCCUAUCCACUUACAAACAGGCCGGAGUUCACUUCUUAUCUACCUCAGGAAGACCAGAAGUACCCAGUGCCCCGCCAGAGGAACCUAGCACUUUACCGGGUUCUUCCCUGCCCACUUACGAACAGGCCAGAGUGCACUCCUUAUCUACACCAUCAGCAAAGCCAGAAGUACCUAGUGCCCCUCCAGAAUACGAGGAGGUUGACACAACAAUCAGCCGGCGGAUAAUCCAAACAACAUUUCCUGAACCAUCAACAACUAUAAUAGAGCAGCCUACACCUAUCUCCUGGUGA